CUCCAAUGUGUGUCUGCAGCUGGGCCGGACAGACUCCGGUGCCCAGGGGCCCCGCGGAGUGACAGCGCCCAGGACGCCUGGCAGGGACCCAGCAGGAGGCUGGCAUCGCCCGGACAUGAUGUGGCUGGCUGGUAUCCCCUGCAUCGCCGCCCUCUUCCUCGCGGCCGCCCGUUCCGCACAGCCAGGAGUGCCCUGCCCGCAGCCAGCUCUCCCAGCUGGGGCGGUGGUCUGCCGGCCGGGUGCGAACGUUACCCUGCGCUGCCUGGAGGGGGUGCUAGAGAACAGCACCGGUGCACACUGGACGUUUGAGGGACAGAACCUAAGUUCGUCCGAUGCCAGGCGUGCCUUGGAAGGAUCGGACCUUGUGCUGUCGUCGGUCUAUUUCAACGAUUCCGGCCGCUACAGUUGCCACAGUGGCGGCCGCAUCCUGGGCUCCUAUCGCCUGGUGGUGGACGAGCCUCUUGAGACGCCAAAUUUCACCUGCUUCCGGCGGAGCUUGGCCAAGAACACGCUCUGCGAGUGGAGUCCAUCACGCUUGAUAUCUCCUCGUGCCAAGGCCACCCUGUGGGUGGGGAAAGGGUUCUUGGCUCGGAACCUGACCCAACAGGAAUGCCGCUUUUACAGGAAGACUCGGAAAUUUACCUGCCGUAUCGAGCUGCCUUACGACGACAACAACAACUUCUUGCUGGCCUCCCUGUGUGUGGUCAGCCCGGCCAACAGUGCCACAAGCCGCCCUCAGAUUUUCCAGCCCAACAGCAAAUUGAAGCCUGACCCACCGGUUGAUAUUGAGGUGAAUGCCGUGGAGAAGUCCCGCAACCAGCUCUCUGUGGUCUGGCAGGACCCACCUUCCUGGGGUUCCAGAUUCUACGGUCUGAAGUUCCAGCUUCGGUAUCGGGCAGAAAUCUCCAGCUUACAUUCUCAGGUUGAACUUCCGCAGGGGCACAAUUCCUACACGAUCCGCGACGCCUUGCCAGGCCAUCGCUAUAUCGUCCAGGUGCGAGGGUGUGAAGAAUUUGAUCAUGGAACCUGGAGCGAAUGGAGCCGUGAAAUCACCGGGAUGCCCUGGACAGAGCCCACAACUGAAUCAGAAACCACUUGGUUCAGCUCCACGGAUAGCUCAACGAUCCCUUUCCACAAUCACGUUAACAAUACCAGUAGCAGGUUCCCCGGAAGCACAGAGAAGACGAUAGUGGAAGAUGCUGUGGCUGUGCCUCUAUAUUUAUUCCUCCUCAUAUCCAUAGUCCUGACCUCAGGACUCGCUCUCGCCACUGGCUUUAUUCUCAGGUACAGAACAAAAUGGCAGGUGCUGUUUUCUGGGAAGGGGAAGUCCAGCGCUGUGCCGGCCUUUUCCUUGGCACCGUCGAGUCCCGAGCUACCUCUGAGUGCAGCUCCGCUCCUCUCCCCUCCGGUCUCGCCCUGCAGUGAGAGUUCGGUGGACACCCCUAGCGUCCCGGAGCAUAGCCUGUAUGACGUUUCUAAUGCGGACUACUUCUUGCUGCCCAAAUAGGCAGCAGAUGCUGGAUUAGAGGGUACUGGGUGUCACCGUGUCCCAGGAUGGCGCGGGACGCCGUUGCGGCUCAUGCAGAAGAAGAGGCGAGCCAACUAGUCCACAGCUCAGGCACUUGUUUGGACAGCCGUAGGGUUAAAAGGCCCCCAAGGACUACUAUAUGCCAAUAUUCAGAUGAAUGCUAAUCCACACUACGGAGACUUGGGAGCAGUUGUGACUUCCUCGUCCCAAAUUCUCCGUCCUUUCCCGGGAAUCUGGAAGUUGCUUUUUCGCCAUCAAGAGGAACUCCGGAUCCUUUCAUUCAAAGAUGGCCGCUGUUGCGUCAACCCCGUGAAUGAGUGUUGGACGUUGCUACCGGGCCCUAAAACUGGUAUUAAGAUGGGGUGACUGCCAAGACGCCAUCUGGGUUGAUAUUCUGGCAUCUGUCGGAGAAAGUAACCAAAGAACCGUUCGCUGUCAGGAAACCCCAAGGGUUUUCCUUGCGUUAAGGAAGCCAUAUGCAUUUUGGCUGUCUUGGGUAGGUGAUAAAUUCCUGCAUCACGAUGCUCGUAGAUGGCGGAUCUUGCCACAGGCAACCGUAGAAGAUAGAGCUGUUGGUUCUGAAGUCCUAGAAACCAUCAGUAGGUUUCCACAGGUCCAAUAUCCAGAGUCCCAUCCCAUGAUGCAUUGGAAUGAAACUGUGCAUAUGGAAUUAGGCCAUUAGGCUCUAGCAUUGACUCCACAAGGCCUCCAACUGGGGUCUUUCCUCGUUCUGCUGCCUGAAAUACUUUAAGUGAAGAUGCCCAAAGACAGAACCUGGGACAGAAAAUCCUCCGUCAAUUGCAUUCUGGGAUAAUAUCACCUGCCGUUGCGUGAGUUCGACACCCUGACUUUACUUUGUGGCAAUCCGACUCCCGACGCGAGCUGUGAUGGAGGGGUGUUGCUUCCUGAUGGAGAACUUCGCUGCUUUCAGAUGUUACGAAACUCAGAGUUAUGCAGAACUUUUUCUGCUGCAAAACAUCAGGGCCAACGGUGCCAUUUUGCUUGUGUUUUUCUCUCUCUAAAGGUCACACUGUGGGUCAAGCUUGUUUUUCGGCGUCCGCUGACGGUUCUGUUUACAGGUUGGGUGGGAUCGAACUGAGAACUCUGGAGUCACCCACACGGGAGACAGUGAUGCAUCAGGGGCAAGGGGAAGUUACACGCUUCUGCUUUUGGGGUCUUGAGAAAGCCAGCUGUGGUGCCAAUGGAGUGGCAUCCAUCUGCAAGAGGCCUUCACGUUCCUGGCAUGUGCGGAGAUAUUUUCGUGGCCAAGGCCUCUGAGGAAGUGAGGCGUCACUACAGAAGGGCCAGGACGCAAUGCCAGGUGGCCUCACGGACUGAACUUACGCCACUGUGGUAGAGUCCUGCGGGAGUGGAACAGACUGUACCACUUGUACCCCGUGGGCGGAGGAAUCGCAUUUCUGAACACUCCCCGCAAGGAGAACACUAGUACUACAGGGAGAACUUUUUUCUUUCUUUCCUUGGGUUUUUUUUUUUUUUUAAGAAGAAGGUUUCAAAGCAAUGCCCUCUGCUCCUGGCCGUUCCUGUCCUUGGCCGUAUCGUGUCAGGGCUGUACCACUUUAUUCCACAGGCACAUACAGAGUGCCGAAAUGGACCCCCUCGCAAAAGUGGUUCGGGUUCAGUUGGAGUCCCUCUCUCGCUCUCUUCCUGGGUGGGUUAGGGUGCACUUGUGUUUGUGUGGGAACGGCAGAGAGGAAGAGAAUCGUUGGGCAAUUCUGCGGAGAGGGGAGUACAGCAGGUUCCUGGUGGGGGGGGGAGGAGAGGGGGGUCGGUGGUGAAACCACCCAUCCAGGCAGCUGCUUCCCUUCGCCUUCCAGUUCUCCUUUUGAGUCUCUGGUGGUGGUAAACACUGCUGCAGAGGAAACACAUGUCUGCUCUGAGGCAGGGGAAGUGAAAUAUCCGAAGGGCACCGCAGAGGCCUGGAGCCUCUUCCUGCCUUCGGGGCAGAACAUGGGUUGUUUCUGGGUCUCUUUCCUGCCAAGUAGCUGUACCGUGCCGGAGGGGAUCGCUAGGCCCCCAAAGAAGGUGUAUGUAGGUACACUUCUAGCGCAGGCCCACACUGUCAGGCACCCAGCCCUGCAUCCGAGCUUCAGAAUUAGCCCUCCAAGUCUGGGGCACAUGUGAGCUGAUAAGAGUGCCUCUGGACAUGAGCAGAGUCUAUUUCCUCCACCUAUAAGGACAGUCACCACACUUCCCUGCUCCCCAGACUAGCUCGUGCGUGUUUCACAUCCAAACCUCCAGGGCUGGCUUGCCAAACCUCCAGGUUUGGUUGCCAAACCUCCAGGGCUGGCUUGGAAUCUCCAGGCAUCCGUCCCCAGGCGACUCCUGAAAGUGAUCCUGGAGGUUUUCCACACAGGGCUUUUAAAGCCCUUUAACUCACAUCUCCACCGGAAUGGAGGGGGUGCGUUCACAAAUCCAGCAGAUUUACCCCAAAGUCCCUGUGAGCUAUCAGGGAGCUCUGCACACACGAUUCGGGUUUUCCACUGUACGUUAGAGUGCAGUCCCAUUUACAUCCGAGGCGGAAAAAAUACACUUUUUGUGUCGAAUUUUUGGGAUAACGUUGAGUUCGCAGUAAAGCCUCGCAGAAAACGUGCGGACAGGCCUGCUGUGUGGAGAACUCCCUGGGAGACCUUAAUGGUUUUGAUACUGUGGAAAUGCUAAGAACCAUCUUUGGCAUGUCCUGACAGCACUAGGAACAGGGUUGCCCACACUGACUUGGGAUCUGAAUUGGCAUCCAUCCCCAGGUGAAAAGAGAUUUUAGUGGCUGGAUAUUAUUAAAAAUAUUUUAGGAGAGGGGUGGGGUGCUGCAGACCUCCAGGAAUAAUUUUGAACAUGCAGAAAAACAACAAGUGCACAGUUGAAAGCCUUGGGGGCAUUUUAGUUUACAAACCCUCAAAAAGGAAACUAAGGGAAGAUAUGAAGCAUGCUGGAGAGAAAGAGGAGAGAGAGAGAGAGUUUCUCCCGUUCUUAUGUCCUCAAGCCUGGAGCUUGUUUUCAUGGGACAGAGGAAGCUGCUGUCUACUGAGUCCGACCACUGCUCCAUCUGGCUCACUAUUGUCUGCACUGACUGGCAGCCGCUCUCCACGGUUUCAGGCAGGGCUCUGACUGCCCCAGACUUUGAAGCUGCCUUCUACCAGUGAGUAGGACCACUAGACCAUCUAUGGCAGUGGUCUGUGUGCCAGUCUGUGUAUGAAUGCCAUGCAGAUUCCCGGCCACCCAGCCAGGCCAAUACAGACAUCUUUGUUCUUGAGCAACAAUGUGCACACCCCGUGAUGCUCGUCAUACGCAGGGAACAUUUGUGCAAGAGCAUCAUUUCCAGCGCUUUCGUCAGGACCCCGGCCCUUUAAUUCCUCCACCAAUAACAUCAGCUCUGACCGAAUCGGAGUAUCUUUCCAUGGAAGGUUCUCAGGCGAUACGUUUCUGCACCGGUCGCCCUAGACGUCAUGGUUUUGAUUUUCCCCUUGCCCUCUUCUGGCUCUUUUGCUUGUGGGGCAAGCAGGUACAUGUACCUAUUAAUAGAGGUCUGUUCCAGCCUGGUACAAACCCUGAUAAAGCGUCUCCAGCCUCCACCUGGGUUCGAAAUUGAGUCAGCAGGGCCGAGAGGAACCCGUGGUGCUGUCCCCUUGCAGCGUGAGUCUCUCUCCGGAAAACCACAGCCGUGUGGCCCCGGUUCUAACCAGGAUGUCUGUCUUGGUGCGAGAGAGCUCGAUCCUGUCAACAUGAAGGCCGUAGCAAAGACGCCUGUCGUCUUCGAGAAGAGUGGCGGGGUAGGCCAAACAAGCUGACUUCAUGAACCCCACGGCCUGUUUUCCGAAAUCUGCCCCACGGAAACAAGCAUCCUCAACCGAGGUUCCGACUGAACUUGAAUCCCCAACCGAUUCAGAGCUCCCGCCCAGUGAAUCGGCUCUGCAUCAGAGCGGAAACGCUCUUGGUUCCUUUGAAUCCAAAGCGGGCCAAAUCCUUACGCACAAAGGCUGCUAACCAGUUAGAAAGGAACAGUUCCAUAUCGAGCAUCCUCAGCUUGCGAUGAUAUGAUUCAUGUUUUAUUUUCCUGUGUUUUUUUUUUUUUAAAAAUCCUGUCGUAUGUCUGUUUGUUUGUACAGGUCCUCAAAACGUUCAGAAUUAGUUUCUUGAGAAAUAAAUAUUCCCCGCCCCCACAAA